GAUGCAAGACGCGCAUGUGUUUUGAUGUCUCGUGUCUGCGCCAUAGACUGUGUAAAAAGGCCUGUACAUGUCUUCUGGCUUUACAAAUUAAUUAUUUCCCUUCAUUCUUUGGUGAUUCGCUGUUACACAGUUUGCAGUCAGCAGAAGUGCAGGUGUCGGAUGUUGUCGCGCGUUGCUGAAUGCGUCACGUGACGGCGGUGUGAUUGGAGAACUGUCAACACAAGACGGAAGAUAGGGCAUCCUGCCCUAUUUUAUUCAUGUAGAAGAGGAUCCACGGGUGUCCUGCGGGUGCUGUCAGUCACCAUGGGAAGGUUCAGUUCUUUUAGGUCCUAUCAGAUCGUGCUGCUCUUUGCUGCAGCCCUGGCAGUGGUGGCCUUCUACUACUUUGGCUCUGAAAAGCAGAACUUCUCCAGCACUACAAAACGGAUCAAAGAAACACAAGUGAGCCACAACACCAAUCGUGAUGAUGCAGAUCUCUCCAUAGACAUCCGGUCUGGACGUCCAGAAAGCAGAACGGGAGAUGGAGAAGAGCUGGAGGGAAAGCCAUCACGCUUUCAUGCUCUCAUGAUGUUCACCAAAGUUAACAAGAGCUUGAACUUGCAGCAGAAGUUUCGGGUGACCAUGCGCUCUGUGGCCAAACAUGGACGGUUCCUGGAGGAUGAGGUGCUGGUUCUCCAUUACGUCUCUGAUGCUGGAAGUCAGGAGCUGGGGGAGAAGAUGCUUCCUGAACUUCUGCUGGGUGCAACCUUCCAGUACGAGGUGGUGUUUCACGAUGUAGGCGCCCUUACGGAGAAAUUAUUCCCCAUCGUAGAGGCUAUGCAGAAACACUUCAGUGCAGGUUCGGGCACAUACUAUAGUGACGCCAUCUUCUUUCUGUCGGUGGCCAUGCAUCGCAUCAUGCCUACAGAACUGAAGCGCAUUGUUCAGUUGGACCUGGACCUCAAGUUCAGAAGCAACAUCAGAGACCUCUUCCAAGAGUUUAACCGUUUCCCUGCUGAGGCUGUCAUUGGAAUUGCACGUGAAAUGCAGCCAGUUUACAGGCACACUUUCUGGCAGUACCGCAAAGAGAAUCCGAAGUCCCAUGUGGGUGACCCUCCACCAGACGGUCUGCCCGGCUUCAACAGUGGCGUAAUGCUUCUGAACCUCGACGCCAUGCGUCACUCUACCUUAUACAACCAGCUUCUGGAGCCCGAGCGAAUGGCUCACCUUGCAGAGAAAUACCACUUCCGGGGGCACCUAGGUGAUCAGGAUUUCUUCACGAUGAUCGGGAUGGAGCACAGGGAACUGUUUUACCCACUGUCCUGUGGCUGGAACCGACAGCUUUGCACAUGGUGGAGGGAACACGGGUAUGGUGACGUCUUCCAGCUGUACUAUCGCUGCGAUGGGCCGGUGCAUAUCUACCAUGGCAACUGCAAUACUCCCAUACCCAAUGAUUGAGGUUCAAAGUGCGCCUUAGAAUGCCAACUUUCAGAUCAAGCUCCUUUUGUUUGCACAUCUUGAGCAACUUUACAUCAAAUGGACCAAGGCAGAAGGGGCUCAUUGUUAGAGGUGCUAAUAGUGCAGCCUUCCCAUGACUAAUCACAUUUACACAAUAUAACACCGCUGAGGCAGUUGGUGCCUUUCCAAAGUUACUGAAAGAAACUCUGGCUUAAAUACCAGUUGUUUUUCUUUAUUUAAAGAAUGCAGUGAGGCUUUUACUUUCAGACGUCUGAGUUUCCUCAUGCAGGUGUCUCAUUAACCCUUGUGCGGCCCUCAUUUGGGAGUCACACUCAGGGUCUUCAGGGGUCAUAAGUGACCGGACACCUAAAAUGUAACUUUUUUGCCCCCCAGUAAAAUCAGUGGAAUAUAUUUUUAUUCAAUAAUAUUUUUUCUUUUUUCUUUUGUAUUUUGAGAAAAUUUUAAGGUAUUAAUUCAUAUUUAUGCAAUAAUUAUGAACAAUUUUUCUCAUAGAAAAUAGUACAUAAUUUUUUUUUUCUAAUUUUUCUAAAUUAUUUUCGAAUUAAUGUUGUAUUUCAGAUUAAACCAGAGACUAGGCCUUUCAAAUACAUUUUUUUUGAAGAUUUUUUAGCGCCACCUGGUGAGAGCAAAGAAAGAAAAACAUGUAAGUGCAUGGUGCAACCACUUAUUACCAGUAUAGGAAUCUAUAGAGAGGCUUGUGAAUUCCCUUAUUGUUUUUAGACAUAAUUGCUUACUCAUAUUAAGUAGUGGACUUGAAUAUAUAUUAAUACAUUCUAAAGAGUACUUUUUGUAUAUUUUUUUAUAUUUCUUCUGUUAUAAAUAAUGAUUUCAUGCAUUAUUUGCAUUAAAGUUUUUGCAUUAUGAUUGCAAUCAAACCUGAACAUAUUGUUCAGUGGCACAGAGCUCCUGCAAAAAAAUAAAAAAUAAGAAUCCUCAGAAUGGUGCAAAGGACCAAGUCUGAGUUUCUAAGUGCACUGACAAACCCAAGAGGCAGCGCUUGCUUCUCAUCGCUGUUUUACAGACAGCAGGUCAUAGGUGUGUGCGUGUGUGCGCGCGUGUGUGCGCGCGCGUGUGUGUGUGUAUGUGAUUAUUUAGAGUGUCAUACCUUCACUGCUGUUAGAUUUUCUCUGCAUUAUGACUGAAUUAUUGAAUGGAUUUCACAUUCUCAAAACUUUGCUCUGUGUUACAGACACAGUAGUUCAUAGGUGUCUAUGUGUAAGUAUGUGUGUGUGUGUGUGUUUGUGUGUGUGUGUGUGCAUCUGUGUGUGAUUGGAUGUGUCAAUAUCACACUCUUGAUGUUUUAUAGUGUUAUCCCUUCACUGCUGUGCACUUUUUUUCAGUUUUGUGAUCGAUUUGUAGAUUGUGUACACAAAUAUUCUCUGAAUUGUUGUAUUUUUGUCUAUUUCCCAUUCAUUUCCUAUGGACGGUCAUUUUUGACCGAAGACCAUGAGUGUUACUAUUUUUUUUACGCCCACUUAGACUGUUCGAAUCAUGCCCUCAAUUUUUUUGUAUGUUCACACCCCAAAUGCCAUGAAAGUCACCGCAUUUCAUAUCAUUCCGAUGAAGCUGUGAUUUUUAACAUUUCAAAACGUAAAAUAUUCCGGUCGGAAAUGACCGAAGACCGCACAAGGGUUAAAUCACUCUUAGACAGCAGGUUGUGAAAGAGCCAAUCAGAGAAUCUUUUUCUCCUUCUAAUUUCACUCUUUUUAUUGUUUACAGGUGCAGUUGCACUCUUACAGUCACAUUUAGAUACUACUUAUCUUCACUUUAAAUGUAGAGAGUUGCUGCAUAUAGUUUUACUAGAUUUAUUUAAGACACAUUUUCCACUCAAUCGCAAAUGUUUUUAUGCAGUGAUGAGGAGAAAUAAGAGGGAAAGGGUGUUGUCCCAUUUUCCUGAGUUUUUAUGCGCUGAUUUUGGAAAGCCGUUUCUCUGUGAUGUGCAAGUGAAUCUCCUUAGAAAGCCAAGAUAACAUCUCAGAUCGGAGGUCUCAUUCUUUUCGAGGUGGUCUGAUCCUCUGAGAAAUGUGGAAGUGGGAUUUGCUGGAAUACUCCAAAGGGAACAGCCUCUGCCCUGAGAGAAAUAUGCACUAGAUUCGAGGGCAGAGCACUAGCUGUUGUGGUUGGCUGGCAUUUAUUGAGCGAUGUUGCUGUUGGCGAAACUCUGCUGGGUUGUGUGAAUUGCUCGUAAUAACCUGUGCAAUUUCAAAUCAACAGGCCAGAGAGAAAUAACUUAGUAAUCAGGCCUCACAUGUUUUGGCAGGCAGCCAUGAGAUCCCACUUUAAGCUCUUCUGUGUCCAGUAUGGUGAGGUUAAUGACUGCGUUUUCACUGAAUUUGUCUUUUGUUUCAGUGUAGUCAUGUUAUUUCUAGCUGUUUAGACAGGCUUUUGCCUGAUCAAGUUAAAAGCAGUGUUUAAAAAAAAAAGUGUUUAACUAAAAAAAAGUGAUUACCCUUUAAUCUGCUAGUCCAAUCACAUGAAGAAUUAAUGCUCUUUUCCUGUUUUCUGUGUAUUAAUGUUCAUUGGGUCUCAUCCUUAAAGAUGUGCAGAGCAUAUUUCGGUGUAAAUCUUAAUUUGUACAUUAUGAUUCAAAAGCUAAGGGUUGGAAAGAUUCAUGUGCCGGUAUUCACGUAUAUCACGAUAAAGAACAUGUACCAUAUUGUUAUCAUGGGCUCUUCAAAAUAUGAAUAAUUAUUUAUUACAGAUUAUGAUUUUUUUGGAAUGCAUUUUAAGAAUAUGCACAACACUGCUGUAUGAUGCUUCAAAUAGGCUUGCACACUAGUGACGGGUCGUUCAUUUUGAACUAGUUUUUAAAGGUCCCGUUUUACGCGCUUUUUUGAAGCUUUGAUUGUGUUUACAGUGUGCAGUAUAACAUGUGUUCAUGUUUCGCGUGUAAACAUUUUUUUAUUUAAUUUUUUAAUAAAAAAAAAACAGUAUUUUUCACACAAUUCACCUAUCUGUAUACCUCUGUUUUCACUGUCAUAAAAACGGGCUGAUGACUUCCUUGUUCUAUAAAGUCCCUCCUUCAGAAAUACGUAAUUAGUUCUGAUUGGGCCAGCGGGUCCUGUGUUGUGAUUCGACACCAGCUUAGCGUGCGCUGCCCUCCUGGAAACGCGAUUGGGCUAAUUUUGAGAAGCAAGUGGGCAGGAUUUUUUAGAAAACCUGGCAAUCCUGAUCUGAACCAUAGACAGUAAAAGAACGCACGUGCUGGAGAUGUACUUAUAUAUUGAUGAGAUACGCAUGAAAAUCGCAUUAGAUUUUUUUUCACAGCCCUAACAUCUAGUUAACAAAGCUAAACAGCGUUGCCCUUUGUGUAAUAAGUUACAGAAACUGUUAAACGCACCAACUUAAGUAAUAAAAUACACUUACCAGUUGUGGUCCAUAAACAACGCCGCCUCCAGUCUUAGCAGAUAGUUGGGAAGAUGUGGAACCUUUAAGAGACAUGGGCGGUUUAAGGGUGGAGCCCUGGAUCUUGUGUUCUGCAUUGAGGACCAUCUCGAAAGGUGGGGCAUAUAGGAGCAACAAUAAUGUACAUUUUUUGGAAAAUAAUGUUUUUUGAACUUUAAACCGAAUAAACACAUUGCAUUUUAUCUAGGCAUUUAAACCAUCACGAUUUUUUUUUAUUUCGAUUUUAAUCACGAUUUUGAUACACACAGACAUGCUUUACAGUCAUAAAUGCAUUCAGUAUAAAUUUGAAACCUAUUUCCAAAAGAAAACCAAUGAGAGCUUUAUCCAAAAGUUGUAACAUGUCGCUAGAACAGACAACUCAAAUAAUUACUAAGUAAAGAUGUCAAACAAAAUGUCUAGACCUAUGGCAAAAAAUAAAUAAAAUAAAAUAAAACCCGUGUCCAGGGAUUUUUUUUUAUUAUUAUUAUUUUUUUCCAUGCAUUGGUCAUAGAGCUCAUUGUAGCGGUGCCUCGGGUGUUGAAAUAGAUUUACUGCCCAGGUUCACAAAUACUCCGUCUUCAGUGCGUAUAUACAGUAUGUGUACGUGGUUCAGAAGCAGCAGCGAAAGCGCAUUAUUGUAACACGAAAGCACAUUAAAAUACGCACGCAGAUUUCCUUUGCUCUGAUACACGAUGCUCUUGCCCGGAGAGAGUGCGUGCACUAAAACGUGUCUCCUCCAUAGACUCUCGCUCAACCUGUCUUGCGCACUCAUAACUCUUUCUACUGUAUGCUCAUGCGCUAGAUAUUAAAUAUUUUCUCACCUUUCUAUUUCUAACCUUUUCUGAUCACAUCUUUACCGCGUGCAGUGUGAAUGUUCUGAUUCGUUAACAU